CGCCGACCUCGACCUCGCCAGCCACCGUUCAAGACCGUUCAGCGAUAACAGCGAGCUCGACGUCGACACCGACCUUGGGCGACCAUGCCGUUCUACCAGAUGCUAUGUAUCACCGCGCACUACCCCGAGUUUAAACACAUCAAAAACCUGGUGACACAGUGCGCAACCCACGUCAUGAAGAACGGCGGUGUCGUGCGAGACAUCAAGUCGUGGGGAACCCUCUCUCUUCCUCAGCGCAUGCGUCGGCAUAAGCAAUACUUUGAAAUCGGAGACUACUGGACAAUGAAGUUUGAUGCAUCGCCACGGAGUCUGCGGCAACUGAACACAUUGAUGAAACUCGACCCGCGAGUUAUCCGAUGGACGACGUUGAAGUUGGGGGAUAAGGUCGAAGAUGUCGUGCGUGCUCCAUCGAAGACCGUGCACCGGUGAAGGAUACAUUGGAUGCCUGCUAUCUGCUUCAAAACAUGUAAAGUGGUAUCAUUCACUGGUAUUUGUAUCCAUAUUGUUUUUCUUUGUGCACCGUUCAUCUGCGAACGCCAUGGAAUUACACUGUGCGAUUUGGGGCAUGCUGAAC